AUGUCGAAAGCACAUCCACCAGAGUUGAAAAAAUUCAUGGACAAAAAGUUAUCCUUAAAACUCAACGGGGGUAGGCAGGUUACUGGUAUUUUGCGCGGGUUCGAUCCUUUCAUGAAUCUUGUGGUCGAUGAAUCGAUUGAAGAAUGCAGGGACGGCAGCAAAAACAACAUUGGGAUGGUGGUUAUACGAGGUAACAGCAUUGUUAUGUUGGAAGCACUGGAUAGGAUUUAG